GAGAAGAGUUAGGAUUAAUUUUUGGCCUCUAAGAAAAUUGUAGUAAUUCCAAACACCUCCCACUUGGCAUGGUUCCGUUGGUUGAAAAAUGCCGCAGUCACCGAUUGCUCCGACGGCUGAGUAUAUUUUGAAGUUACGCAUAUAUUCCAAACUUGUCCAUAGAGGCCUUGUAGGCCAUAACCAAUUGAUGUUCCCCGUCGUUGUAACCUAGGGUCUCUUCAAUUCGACUUGUGUAGUUGACGCCUAGUAGAGUUUGAAGUCCUCAAGGAGGAUUCUAGAUUUCGAUCAUGGUGAAGGAAUCAGCUGGCGACGCCGGUGCGAAGAUAGCUCCAUUUCUGACAAAAUGCUACGAUUUGGUGGACGACCAAUCGACGGACGAGGUUAUAUCUUGGAACCAGACCAGCAGUAGCUUCGUCAUUUGGGACAUGACCCAGUUCACGGUCCAAUUGCUUCCCAAGUAUUUUAAACACAGCAAUUUCUCAAGUUUCGUGAGGCAACUCAAUAUCUAUGGUUUCAGAAAAAUUGAUUCAGAUCGCUGGGAAUUUGCAAAUGAUGAAUUUGUCAAAGGUCAAAAGCAUUUGUUGAAGAAUAUUGUUAGGAGGAAACAUUCUCAGGGCUUAGUUCCACGGAAAUCAUCCCAGCAAAAUAACAAUGCUGCUGAAGCAUGUGAAGAAAUUGAAAAUUUUGGGCUCUUGAAGGAAGUGGAGAAUCUCAAGAUUGAUAGGAAUGCACUCAUGCAGGAGUUGGUCAAACUUAGGCAGCACCAUGAAACCACAGAGAACAAGGUGCUUCUCUUGAGAGACCGCCUUCAAGGAAUGGAAAAAAAUCAGCAGCAGAUGCUGUCAUUUUUAGUGAUGGUAAUGCAAUGCCCAGGAUUUUUGGUACAGCUGCUGCAACCAAAAGAAAAUAACUGGCGCACGCCUGAAGCAGUGAAGAACAUGCUACAAGAAGUUACAGGGGACGGUGAAUCAGAUGCCUCGGAUGGGAUGAUGGUGAGGUACUGGCCACAGAAUGAUGGAACUUCAAAGCCUCUUCUCACACAAGCGUCAAAUUCAGAGGAAUCCCUAGAAUCUGAUCCUUCUUUUGAGAAGAUAAAAGAUUUUUUCAUGAAUAUUGAUUUCCGUCCGACACUGCCAAUUGAUGAAAAAUUUCUCUCUUCAGCUGCUAUCCCAGAUUUACCUAAUGAUGAAAUGCUGGAACAGCUUCUUUUAGCUGCACCUUUCUUAGAAAAUAUUGAACAGGAAGACAAUGGCUCGGGAGUUGUAUUAGAAUCAGAAAUUUUUGAAACCCAACUGGAUGAUUUUCUAAGUCUUGAAUGUUCACCAGAACAAGUGGAUAAAUCUCAAUACUCAGAGAUGGAUUCUGUAGCGCAUGAGGUUCACGUAGAGAUUUCUCUGGACUCGGUUCAUCUAACUGACCAAACAGGACUUCCAAGUUCUGAAACGCAACAGCAAACUUGACAGUAUAGAAGUUUUACACAAGCUGUUCUUAUAUCAAGUUCUUACUGCUAUAGCUCAGUUUUGUUCCUGUAAAUUCAAGUCAAUUUGCUUUAUUUCAUGCGUCUCAUAUUAAACUA